AUGGCACCAAAUUGGAGUCACCUUGUUCGUUUCCUUGCUGAAGAGGACGGUCAAGUCCAUCUGGGACAGAUUGACCAUGAAGCGUGGCCUGAUGUCGGUAUUUCUCUCGAGAAGGGCGAGAAGAUACAGGCCAAGCUCAUUCAAGGAUGCGUCUUUGACGGUGUUGUGACGGAAAGACUCUUGACAGUCAAGGAACUUCUCGCUCCGUUGGCGAUGGACCAGGUCCCUAUCAUCCGAUGUAUGGGACUCAACUACCGCGAUCACGCAAAAGAAGCAAAUAUGCCUAUCCCCGAUGUGCCAGUUCUAUUCAUUAAACCACGAACCGCACUCAAUGGGCCUUACCCAGCCAAAGUCAACGUGCCGAAAAUUGCACAGGAUGGAACGAGCGACUACGAAGCAGAGCUGUCUUUUGUCAUCUCCAAGACGGGUCGUGAUAUUCCUCGAGACAAAGCGCUCGACUACGUUCUGGGAUACACUGCGAGUAACGACAUUAGCGCACGGGCCCAGCAGUUCAAGAACAGUCAGUGGUGUUUCUCUAAAGGUCUAGAUGGUUCUUGUCCGAUUGGCCCGCUCCUGGUUUCACCCUCGGCUGUGGGUGACCCGCAUAGCCUUGGUAUCAAAGCCACGUUGAACGGCGAGACUGUCCAAGAUUCCAACACCAGGCAAGUCAACAAGAGAAGUAGAGGCAGUCCGGAUCAGCUAACCAAGGCGCAGAGAGGUGAUCUUUGA